ACCGAUCUGUCCGCAGAUAUCACCGACAAUAGGACCGAUCUGGCGGCAGAUAUCACCGACACCAGGACCGAUCUAACGGCAGAUAUCACCGACACCAGGACCGAUCUGGCCGCAGAUAUCACCGACACCGGGACCGAUCUGUCCGCAGAUAUCACCGACACCAGGACCGAUCUGUCCGCAGAUAUCACCGACACCGGGACCGAUCUGUCCGCAGAUAUCACCGACACCGGGACCGAUCUGUCCGCAGAUAUCUGUCGACACCGGGACCAGAUCACCGAUAUCACCGACACCGGGACCGAUCUGUCCGCAGAUAUCACCGACACCGGGACCGAUCUGUCCGCAGAUAUCACCGACACCGGGACCGAUCUGUCCGCAGAUAUCACCGACACCGGGACCGAUCUGGCGGCAGAUAUCACCGACACCGGGACCGAUCUGGCGGCAGAUAUCACCGACACCGGGACCGAUCUGUCGGCAGAUAUCACCGACACCAGGACCGAUCUGUCGGCAGAUAUCACCGACAAUAGGACCGAUCUGUCCGCAGAUAUCACCGACACCGGGACCGAUCUGUCCGCAGAUAUCACCGACACCGGGACCGAUCUGGCGGCAGAUAUCACCGACACCGGGACCGAUCUGUCGGCAGAUACCACCGACACCGGGACCGAUCUGUCCGCAGAUAUCACCGACACCGGGACCGAUCUGGCGGCAGAUAUCACCGACACCGGGACCGAUCUGGCGGCAGAUAUCACCGACACCGGGACCGAUCUGGCGGCAGAUAUCACCGACACCGGGACCGAUCUGGCGGCAGAUAUCACCGACACCGGGACCGAUCUGGCGGCAGAUAUCACCGACACCGGGACCGAUCUGUCCGCAGAUAUCACCGACACCGAUCUGUCCGCAGAUAUCACCGACACCGGGACCGAUCUGUCCGCAGAUAUCACCGACACCAGGACCGAUCUGUCCGCAGAUAUCACCGACACCGGGACCGAUCUGGCGGCAGAUAUCACCGACACCGGGACCGAUCUGGCGGCAGAUAUCACCGACACCGGGACCGAUCUGUCGGCAGAUAUCACCGACACCGGGACCGAUCUGUCCGCAGAUAUCACCGACAAUAGGACCGAUCUGUCCGCAGAUAUCACCGACACCGGGACCGAUCUGUCCGCAGAUAUCACCGACACCGGGACCGAUCUGUCCGCAGAUAUCACCGACACCGGGACCGAUCUGUCCGCAGAUAUCACCGACACCGGGACCGAUCUGUCCGCAGAUAUCACCGACAUCGGGACCGAUCUGGCGGCAGAUAUCACCGACACCGGGACCGAUCUGUCCGCAGAUAUCACCGACACCGGGACCGAUCUGGCGGCAGAUAUCACCGACACCGGGACCGAUCUGUCCGCAGAUAUCACCGACACCGGGACCGAUCUGGCGGCAGAUAUCACCGACACCGGGACCGAUCUGGCGGCAGAUAUCACCGACACCGGGGCCGAUCUGGCGGCAGAUAUCACCGACACCGGGGCCGAUCUGGCGGCAGAUAUCACCGACACCGGGGCCGGCCGAUCUGGCGGCAGAUAUCACCGACACCGGGGCCGAUCUGGCGGCAGAUAUCACCGACACCGGGACCGAUCUGGCCGCAGAUAUCACCGACACCGGGACCGAUCUGGCGGCAGAUAUAUCACCGACACCGGGGACCGAUCUGGCGGCAGAUAUCACCGACACCGGGACCGAUCUGGCGGCAGAUAUCACCGACACCGGGACCGAUCUGGCGGCAGAUAUCACCGACACCGGGACCGAUCUGGCGGCAGAUAUCACCGACACCGGGACCGAUCUGUCCGCAGAUAUCACCGACACCGGGACCGAUCUGGCGGCAGAUAUCACCGACACCGGGACCGAUCUGUCCGCAGAUAUCACCGACACCGGGACCGAUCUGUCGGCAGAUAUCACCGACACCGGGACCGAUCUGUCCGCAGAUAUCACCGACACCGGGACCGAUCUGGCGGCAGAUAUCACCGACACCGGGACCGAUCUGGCGGCAGAUAUCACCGACACCGGGACCGAUCUGGCGGCAGAUAUCACCGACACCGGGACCGAUCUGUCCGCAGAUAUUAUCGGACGAUAACGAUAGGAAGGAGAAUGACGAUAAUAUUGCGAUAG